AUGGACCUGGAGCCACCCGCGACCGAUGAAGAAUGGGCCCGAUAUUUUGGCGAAAUUCGUACAGUGCCUACUCGAACUUCUCAGAAUCGUACCAGACAGAUUGCUGACAUUGUUGAUGACGUAGCCGCAGGGAGAACCUCUUGUAAAAAGGACACUAGCAGCCAAAACGCUGAUUUCUGCCCUCACUUAUGGGAACCACCGCGAAUUCCCAAAGUUUCGAGUAUUGCCCAGCAUAUAAUGACGAAAUUCUGUGCCAAACUAGAUACCAUGAGUGCUGAGGAGCGAGAAAAGCUAGAGAGACCGCUUCUCGAAAGUUUGUCUCGCCAACCUAAACUUCCCAAUCCGCCACAACAUCGCGGCGAAAGCACAGACGAGGAUCAUCAGCACAUCAGAAAUAAGAGAAGAGGUGGAAGAAGAAAAUUACCGAAAUCAGUGAAUUGUCAACUUUCAAAAGAACCAACCUAUGCAAAUCGGCGCCUACAACAGCUAUCGUCUGUAUUGUCAACACCUUUACAAACUGACACCAGUUGUGUUUCGGCUGCUCAGGUACGUUAA